GCCUGAGGCACCCGAUUUCAACCAACCCGGCGAUUCGCCAACCUAACUCGAUGACAUUCGCGACACUUGCGAACAGCAAGCUUCGGAGCUGUAUUUCAAUCAACUAGGGAACGUGGGCUUCGUGUAUGCUCCCAAUUCUCUCUUGUUAUAGUAUUUCGAAGCUAACAUAAUUAAAUAGGCCGAAAAUACCGCUACAAUGAUUCCCUUCGAGUCGCUUCUUCCCUACGGGAUCAUCAUCGCCAUGUUUGGCGUGACGGGUGCCGGGAUGAACAAGAUCAAGAACAUGCAGAGCGGUGGCAAGAGGCACAGAUGGUCGGUUGACCAGUGGGAUAAGCAAAGUACGAUUGAAGCUUCAUAUUUAAGGGAAAUAUUGCCAUUCGGUGUGCUGACAUUUGUUUGCAGUGAUGGACCGCGACAGGAGGCUUACUGGAUACUUGCGAGGGCAAACAGACAACCCCAUAGCGCCGCGGGGGUUCGAAUUAAACAACCCCUGGAGAGUAAGUAAUCCGGACCAGCAGUAUAGGCGACAUGGAGGCUUACGUAUAACAGGUCGAGAGGAGGAUGUCAUAAACCAACGAAGUCAAGACGCCUGCGGCAGACAAAU